CUGAGGUGCAGCAGCCGAGGCUGGUGGUGGUGGGGGCUCCGCGGUCCCUCAACGACUCAUUUCUGUCAGAAAUAUCGGCCCUUUCCGAUUACCGACCAGGUGACCAGCUCAUAUGAAACUCGACCAGCUGAUUAGAGGCCAGAUCAACCCGCGCAUCGCGACCCCCCGGUGAAUGCCACAAUAAAGGGAUCUCUGGAGCCCCGACAAGGUCGCAGCCACAACCAUGGAGAUUGUCACACAUUUGAUUAAUGACACCAUAGAGCUCUACAAAUGGACCCUCACUAUUGCAGACAAGCGAGUGGAGAAAUGGCCCCUGAUGGACAACCCCCUGCCCACGCUGGCCAUCAGCUCGUCCUACCUGCUCUUCUUGUGGUUGGGGCCCAAAUACAUGAAGAACAGAGAGCCCCUCCAGCUCCGCAAAACCCUCAUCCUCUACAACUUCAGCAUGGUCUUUCUCAACGUCUUCAUCUUCAAAGAGCUGUUCAUGGCAGCGCGGGCAGCACGGUACAGUUACAUAUGCCAAUCUGUGGACUAUUCAGAUGACCCCAACGAAGUCAGGGUAGCCGGAGCGCUGUGGUGGUAUUUCAUCUCCAAGGGCAUUGAAUACCUGGACACUGUGUUUUUCAUCUUGAGGAAAAAAUUCAACCAGGUUACCUUCCUGCACGUCUACCAUCACUGCACCAUGUUCACGCUCUGGUGGAUUGGCAUCAAGUGGGUGGCAGGCGGACAGUCCUUCUUUGGUGCUCACAUGAAUGCGCUGAUCCACAUCUUGAUGUAUCUAUAUUACGGCUUGGCCUCUUGUGGACCCAAGAUCCAAAAGUACCUGUGGUGGAAGAAGUACUUGACCAUCGUCCAGAUGAUUCAGUUUCACGUCACCAUCGGCCACACAGCCUUGUCGCUCUACGUCAACUGUGACUUCCCCCACUGGAUGCACUACUCCCUCAUCUGCUACGCCAUCACCUUCAUCAUCCUGUUCGGCAAUUUCUACUACCAGACCUACCGCCGCCAGCAGCCCACGCGACGUGACGCCUCCGCGUCCUCCAAAGCCAGCAAGGCUCUCUCUAACGGCACUCUGAACGGGCUCAGCAAAGCCGCCAGCGGAGCGGCGCUGAUGGCGAGCAAAGAGGAGAAGCCUCACGAGAGCAACGGCAGGAGGAAGAGGAAAGGGCGUGCUAAAAGAGAUUAGACGAGGAUGAGAAGGACAGGUGAGGUAAGGCCUGAGUUUAGCGUCUAGGAUGCUGAAACAUGAAAGACUUAACUUGAAGAAGAUUUGGAUGGAUGUGUUCGCUUGAAAUGUGUUUCUUUAAGCCAUGAUCUGAGUUGACAUCAAUAAAAUAUGAGGCAGGUUUUUCUGUUAGAAAGAGAUUUCAGAGGUCAUGCUGAAGAUGGCUGGUAUCAAAAAUAACUCAAAAUACAGUAGUUUUAUUCUAUACAGUUCAAAAAGUGACUUGCAGUGACCAAACCUGAGAAGAGAACAGCUUCUACAAGGCUCUUUGCACAUCCUUGGAAAGAGCUGAGUUAAAAACAUGACAUGCUCUUGUUAUAAGCAAAUGCUGAAUUCAUUUUUUUUCUCAAUUGCUUGUAGAGAUUCAAAAAGGGAAGAUCAUUAAAACUAACAUGUCCUUUAGCCCUCGUCCUUUCCAAGCUUGAUGAUGAGAGAGACUUUAAAUGUACAGCUUCUUUCUACUGUUGCCUCUGAAAUUAUUUGUGCAGAUGAAACUUACCUAUUUAUUCUUAUUUAUUUUGGGAUAAUGUGGACUCUCAUUUUUGAGCUGCCACCGUUAUCGAACGGUUAUAGUCUAAAGAGUGAAAAUAUAUCAACAGGUACAGAAAAAAAAACAGAAAACAACAUCUCAGAGCAUUUGAGCGUGGGACGAAACUGUUCUACCAUUUCUUUCUUUAAGAUGUUAUUAUUAUCAAGUUUAGCUCAUUUCAGGUCUGAUUCGAUUUUUUAUCAGUUACAACCAUAAUCCAUUUUGUAUAUCCAUAUUUGUCAUGUGAUGAAAUGUAAUGAAUAUUAUCCUGAGAAAUUACAGAUCCAGUCAUAUUCCGUGUUCCCUCGUCAACAAAAAAGCGACUGCAGGUUUGUCUUUGCGGAUAUUUACCUGUCUUUUUAUAUUAUACCCUCCCUGAACUUGUUGUUUGUCUUAGACUCCGGUGAAAACGAGACCGCUGUGGUAUCCUGCAUUCCCAUCUGUAUUUAUGGAGAAUGCAGAGCCGGCUUACGUGCUCUUUUGGUCAUGAAGUACUGCAUCUUCACAUACUCAGCCAAGCUUUCAGACCUUCAUGGCCUGAGUUGUCUUGAAUGUAGAUCUAUCAGAUUUGGAUCAGAAAAAUGUUACUAUUUCUGUACAAAAUCAGCUGGUGGACGUCUGUAGAGACAGCAUAUGUCAACACGAUCAAGAAUACUUUUGUUAAAUCAAGAAUCAGCUCUAGACCAGUAACAUCUUCUUUAUAUCACCCAUCAAAUUAUGCUUUUUGAUGCAAUGUAUUGAUUAUUUAAUGUUAUGUAAAAUACCAAUUUCAAUCUAGUUUAGAGUGCUUGUCUGUGUAUUUGUCUUCCUUUUGUGAUGUACAUAUUCUAUUGUGAUAUUUUGUAUCCUGCACAGAGUGGAUAUUUGUAUGUCCACAACGCUUCUCUUUUUUCAUAGUUUUGAUUUUGAUUUCUUUUUUUUAUGAUCAUAACUUUAAAUUUUUCUCACAAUGAAAUUAAACUGAAUGCCCCAAAAUCAACUUCCUGACGUUGUACAUCUCACUGCAUAUCCAUCAUGUCAGUUAGUUACGUUGCUUUGAAAUUCCACCACUAGAUGGCGCCAAACCAACAUAUUUAAAAGAGCGUGACCAUAAUGAACCAUAUCGUCACUGUGUUCCUGAUGUCGGAAAAU